AUGGGUGGUUCUGCCGCGAGCAACGGUGCAGCGGCAGCGGCAGCGGCAGACGUGGUGGCAGCCAGAGCCGCAGCGGCCGCCGGCGGGGGCGGAGGCGGAGGCAGUGCCAGUGCCGGCCCCAGGGACACCGUGGCGGCGCCGGGGGUGGCCGCCCCUGCCGCCCCCGGCCCGGGGGCGGGCGCGAGCGCGGGGGCGGGCGCGGCCGCCGCAGUCUGGUCCUCCACCGCGACCGCCGUCUCCGGCGUGGGCGACGCGGCCGCCGGCACCUUCUGCCUCGAGUGGGAGGCGGCGCAGCACAACCUCUUCCAGACGGCCAACCUCUUCUUCGCCGCCGCCUUCCUCGUGCCGCGCUCCUUCAAGCAGAGCCUGCUCGUCCUCAGGGGCCUGCUGUGCGUGGGCUUCCUGCUGUCGGCGCUGUGGGCGGGCAUCCACGUGUGCUCGCCGGACGUGUUCGCGUGGAACGCGGGCCUGGUGCUGCUGAACGCGGCGCACUCCGCGCUGCUGGGCGCGCGCUUCCUGCCGCCGCCGCUGUCGCCCGAGCUGGCCGACGUGUACACGCGGCUGUUCCGGCCGCUGCGCGUCUCGCGGAAGCACUUCAAGGAGCUGGCGCGCUGCGCCCGCCUGCUGCGCUGCGCCGCCGGAGACACGUACGCCGCCGAGGGCGCCACGCCGGCCGACGAGCGCCUCUCCGUGCUGCUCAAGGGCAGGAUGCGAGUGAGCUGCGACGACGCCCACCUGCACUACAUCACGCCCCACCAGUUCAUCGACUCUCCAGAGUGGGAGGCCAACCACAGCAGCAGCGACGACCUCUUCCAGGUGACCAUCACGGCGGAGCAGGAGUGCGUCUACCUGUGCUGGAACCGGCUGAGUCUGGAGAGGGUGCUGAGGCACCGGCCGCUGCUCAAGACCGUGCUCGACUGCAUCAUAGGCAAGGACAUCACGCAGAAGCUGUACGCGCUGAACGAGCAGGUGCACGCGGCGAGCGCCGGCGAGGCGGCGGCCCGGCAGGGCGCGCUGCGGGCGUCGCGCGCCGCCGACCACUGGCGCCGCGCCAUGGCGCGCUCGCUCAGCGUCGACGCCGUGCACACCGGCGCCAGGGGACACGUGCGCUCGCUGGCCUGGCAGCAGCGCCGCGCCUCCUCCAACUCGGGCUCCGACCGUGAGUACACACCGAAUAUCCACACACCGAAGGGCGUCGCCCGGGAGGCCGACGCGGGGGCCGUACCUGCAGGUGGUGGCCAACCACUUCCCCGCGACGUCGCCCUUCGCGGGCUACCACCACCCCUCGCCGCCCCCGCCGCCGCCGCCGCUUGGCGAGAGGGGCCGCGCCGGCUGCGGGGGCGGCGACAGGACGCGCAGGGAGGUCAAGUUCGAGCUCUGACGUCAGCUGCCGGCGGAGCCGCGCGUCUUCACGUUCCCGCCGUGCGGCGGCGACGUCUACUGAGCGCGCCGCGCCGCCCGACAGAUCGCGCGCAGCACACGACUCGGCCGGCACCUGCCGGGGGCUCCGCCGCGCAGUAG